CCCAGGUCAGAGGCUGUCGGACGCCGGGUGGCUUGUCAAAUGAGAUCCCUGCAGUUGUUAAGUAAUUCCUGUCACACCGGUCAUCUCUUAGCACAGACGGCGAGACUCGACGGACUCGAACAGCGGCAGACAUGUCGUACUGCAGGCAGGAGGGUAAAGAUCGCAUCAUCUUUGUGACCAAGGAGGACCAUGAGGCACCCAGCAAUGCUGAGCUCAUUGCAGAUGACCCCAAUGAUCCUUAUGAGGAGCAGGGUCUGAUCCUCCCAAAUGGUGACAUCAACUGGAACUGCCCGUGUCUGGGCGGCAUGGCCAGCGGACCGUGCGGUUCUCAGUUCAAGGAUGCCUUUUCCUGCUUCCACUACAGUAAGGAAGAGGUGAAGGGCUCCGAGUGCAUCGACCAGUUCCGCGGCAUGCAGGAGUGCAUGCAGAGGUACCCUGAGCUCUAUCCUCAGGAGGAGGAUAAAGAAAGCUCCUCCCAAGUAGAGUCCGGCUCUGGAUCUGUCUCCACCGCCCCGCCUGAGGGCUCUGCCUCACCUCCUGAAACUGACUCUACCCCUGCCACUUCAACAUCCGAGUCUGCUGCCUCAUCUGACAGCACGGCGCCGACAGACAACCAGACUGCCAGCUAAGGUCCAUCAGUUGUCAUUCAGGCUUCUCUGUGUGCAAGCACUGCCCAGCAUAACUGACUCUCCAUGAGGAGCUGUGUUCGGUCUCUCCUCCUGUCUAAGCCUGCAGAGAGGAGCUCACUGACACAGCUCUGACACUCACGGGCGAUAUUUACAUCAGAGAAGGACUUUGUGAAUGCUGAGAAACGUAGCGUAUGUACAGACGUAUAGGCUGCUUUGUUUGCUGAGCACUCAGAAAAUCAUUGAAUAAUAUGAUUUGAUGACAGCAGGCCGAGCCACUCGCUGCAGGGACAUUGGCUGAAAGACUCACUGUAUAUGCAAUAGAAAUUUAAUUUGCGUGUUCUCAAUCAGAAGAGCUUCAUUAUGUGUGUUGUCUCUGUUAAUGUCGGCUGGUCAGGAAUACCACUUAGCACUGAUUUAUUACUAAUCAAUGUGACAGAAAUCUAAGCAGUAAUCAGUAGAUUUAUUGAUUUGAGCAAUUUAACAGUUUCAUCCCUUUUGCUUUCAUCACUUGAGAGACCAAACAAAGGUAAUUGGUAAGAAACCAAGGUUACUGUGGGGCUGGGUAUCAGUACGAGAUACUUGUAAGCUAGUGACCAAAAUAACACAGUACCAAGUACUAUUGAAACUUCUCCAGUCAAAUGAUACCUGCACUCAAUAUUUUUUUAACCCAGAUCAGGGAAAAAUGACUAUUUGUGUAGUGUUGCUCACAGCCAAUCACUGCAAGAGUUCUUCAAUUUAAUGCAAUGUGUGAUUGGCCCACUACCACAGCAGCUACAACCUAUACAGUCUGUGGUGUGGUGAAGUCGAGUGCGGUGUAUUUGACAGUCGAAUGAGGUGCUCUAGUGGUAUCGGUAUAACUUUAAAGGUACUGGUAUGGGUACAGUAAUUUUCUAAAUGAUACCCAGUCCUAAUGGUUACAGCUUCUGUUCAGUAAACAUUACAUCAAGAGAUGUUUUUAGGUGUUUGUCGACAUCUUGUAGAAACAUCAUGGUCUCCAUCUCUAUCUACAUCCGGUGCUGUAUGAACAGUGGUCAUCAUGUUUAAUUGACACUGUAUCUGGCCUAGACCAAAGUGGUGUGUCACCUUUAACUGUCACUGCAUAAAUGUUUCAUUGUCUUUACACUGUCUAGAGAGUCUCCACUUGGAUACUGUGAUCACCAUUCAAUGACAUUCAGGCCUUGAAAGACUUGAUGGGUUUGUCUCAAACGUGUCCAGAUUAAAAUAAUCAUUGAACAGUUUAAA